UGAACCGUAACGGAUAAAGUUUUGACGAGUUGACAGGGAUCGAUUUGCUUAAAUUAGGACAUAUAUGCAAUGUUGUUUCUGUUGUAAACGACCUAUAAUAUUCUUAUUCAUGUUACAUUAUUGCAUUUGAGAAUAUUUGGGUUGCUCCACCAAUCAUUAACCUAGGUAUUUUCUGUAAACACCAGGCUGACAGCCGGCGAGUUCAUCUGUCCAUCGAUCCGUGCAAAUAGCUGAUAUUGGCAGGAUAUCAACUAGUACGGCUUUGAGCUGUUGAACAGUGUUGUCGAAGUGUUGAGAAAGUCUGUUAGUGACAUUGGAUAAUAAUUAACUUUACGAGUAAGUUAAGUGGCAACAAUGCCAUUCAGAACAACCAGAACCGUUCGCACCAUCAUAAGUGACGGCCGCGGACCGCCUCGUGUGGAGACGCGAACGUACAACGGCGACGACGAUACCGGAAGUGGGUCAGGUGGAGGAUCGGGUCUCGACAUUGGGGGUUUUAAGUCACGGUUUGGAAACAUGAAUAUCAACAUUGGUGGAGGUGAUAGUGGUGGACCCAGUGCCUCCUUCGGAUUCAGUCGUCCCAGCCCACAAAGAGGGCGUGUAUGUGGGCGCUCCACGCGCAAGGAGCGCAAAAACCCCUUUGCUGGGCUUGGAAAGCAGAGUUACGAUGAAAUCGUUCAGAAGUGCAAGGCAGAAGGAUGCUUAUUUGAAGACCCUGAGUUCCCAGCAGAAAAUGAAUCCAUUUUCUUCAGCAGAUCACCGCCAAGGCCUUUUGAAUGGAAACGACCCACAGAGAUCUGCGACAACGCCGAGUAUGUGACUGGUGGUGCCAGCAGGUUCGAUGUUCAGCAGGGAGAGCUUGGUGACUGCUGGCUGUUGGCAGCUGUGGCCUCCCUCACGUGCAACUCCCAUCUCCUCAACAAGGUCAUCAUCCCAGAGCAGAACUUCACGGGCCCCGACUACUGCGGCGUCUUCAAGUUCAACAUCUGGCAUCAGGGUGAUUGGAUCCAAGUUGUGGUUGAUGACCGUCUGCCAACUUACUAUGACAAGCUUGUCUUCAUGCACUCCACCGACCAGAAUGAGUUCUGGAGCGCUCUGCUUGAGAAAGCUUAUGCAAAGUUGAAUGGCUCGUACGAAUGUCUGAAGGGUGGGAGCACGAGUGAAGCCAUGGAAGAUUUUACAGGGGGUGUGACCGAGUCCAUUGACCUUCAGAAGGCCCCGACCAACCUCCUCAGCAUCAUGAUGAAGGCCGCAGACCGUGGCUCCCUCAUGGGUUGCUCUAUUGAUGCUGACCCGAACCAGCUGGAGGCCAUUCUUUCCAACGGCCUUGUGAUGGGGCACGCUUACUCUGUCACCAGCGUCAAACUGGUUGAGAUUCAGACACCUAAGGUGAACGGGAAGAUUCCGUUGGUGAGGGUCCGUAACCCGUGGGGAAACGAGAGUGAAUGGAAGGGGGCCUGGAGUGACUCGUCUUCUGAGUGGCGCUACAUCCCGGAAGAUGAGAAGAAGUCCCUGGGUCUUACCUUUGAUGAUGAUGGAGAGUUCUGGAUGUCUUUCCAAGACUGGCAGGAUAACUUCCAGAAGCUUGAGAUAUGUAAUCUGGGGCCAGACUCCCUUGACGAAGAAGAGGCUGCGCAGGGAAAGAUUCGCUGGGAGGCCACAGCGGAGGUUGGGGAGUGGAUACCUCGUGUCAACGCCGGAGGAUGCAGGAACUAUCUGGAAACAUUUGCAACCAACCCACAGUACCGUGUAACCUUGGUUGACCCUGACGAUGAUGAGGAUGACCUGUGUACGAUGUUGGUUGGCCUGCUGCAGAAGGACCGCAGGAAGAAGCGUAAGGAAGGACUUGACAUGCUUACCAUCGGAUACGUCAUCUACAAGAUGAAGGAGGAUGGCACUUAUGGUUCCGGUCCACUGGACCAGAGGUUCUUCAAGUACAACGCCUCAGUGGCCAAGUCUCCAUCGUUCAUCAACAUGCGGGAGACAUGCGGGCGACACAAGCUCUCCCCGGGCACGUACGUCAUCAUCCCUUCAACCUUUGAGCCAGGCCAGCAGGGAGAGUUCCUCCUCCGUAUCUUCACUGAGAAGGAGGGAACAACAGAGGAGAUGGAUGAGGGAACCGGCAUCGUUGAAGACCAGAGAUGGAAAAGCGAGGAAAGAUACGGCAGUCCAGCUCAGCCAGACCCUUAUAGAGGACAGAGCCGGCCCGAUAUAGGCUUUGAUCCCAUAUCCAAAGAAGAAUACAAACCCUAUAAUCCCCAGCCUGACUAUGAUAAGCUUUUCUCAAACUUGCGUAUGCCUGAGCCAUACGCCAACCCUAAUCCAUAUACAGCUGGUUACCAGCCUGGAGCCCCUGCAGGUCAGGGUUACGGAGCUGGGGUCCCUGGUGUCCCACAGGGAUAUGGGACUGGAGCCCCUGCUGGUCAGGGGUAUGAGAACUAUGGGGCUGGUCCCUCUGUAUCUAUGCCAACUCCAUAUGGUGGCUUCCCGCCAAACCAUCCACCCAGUGAUCAGUAUUAUGGAGGUCAAGGAUCUCAGCCUGGUUAUUACCCGAAUCAGGGUUACAAUCAGCCAAAUCCCCCUUAUGGACAGCCUCAGAACUAUGGUGCUAUGCCCAAUCCAUAUCAAGCGCCCCCAUCUGGUGAUUUAGGGUUUGGAGGGUACUCUGCCCCAGGCCAGUACCCUAUAUCUAGUCAGUAUUCCCAGCCCCAAUAUGCAGGCCAUCCUGCCCCAUCCCCCACACAUCCCCAGUACCCCUACGGCCAAGGGGAGGCCAUUGAGCGUGCCUAUGCAGGCACUUACUCAGCGGAGCCCCCUAAGCCAGUAGUACAGCCGAGGAAACCACAGCCACGACAGAUUAUAAAAUCGUAUGACGAGGCUAUAGCCUUUCUCAGACGACAAUUAGAAGAAGAGGCCCCACCUGUGACCGAGGAAGACCAGCAGCAGGGCCAGGAACUGAGGGAGAGUUUCAAGCGUAUCGCUGGAGACGACCUUGAGGUGGAUGCUUAUGAACUCAGGGACAUUCUCAACAGUGUUUUCAAAAAAGAGUUCGAGUUUGAUGGUUUUGCGCUGGAUGUGUGCCGCAGUAUGAUCGCCAUGCACGAUGGCGACAUGUCGGGCAAAUUGGGCUUCGAUGAGUUUAAGGCUCUGUGGCAGGACCUCCGCAAGUGGAAGGCAGUGUUCAAGAAGUAUGACAAGGACAGCAGCGGCAAACUGAACACCUACGAGCUGAGGAAUUCCUUCCUCGCCAGCGGUUUCCGUCUGAGUAACCGGGCGCUGUCGUCAAUCAUCCUGAGGUUCAGCAACAAGAAGGGCGAGAUUGAGUUUGAUGACUUUGUGCUCUGCUCCAUCAAGCUUAAGACCAUGAUCGCCUCUUUUAAGGCGUUGGAUCCCAGCAACCAGGGUGUGGCCGCUUAUGACCUUGAUACAUUCAUCCAGACAACCCUGUACUCAUAAACAUGAAGACACCAUAGCGUACCAUGGAUGCACAAGAGAUAGCUAAAAUAGACUUUAUACAGAUCUGAUUUAUUUAAAAGUACUAUAUAGUCACCCGUAUUUACCCUUUAGUCUGGACAGGUUGUUAUAAAUGUUGCACAAUAAAAAGUGUUUGUUAGUGUAUUACACAAUAACGAUUUGAUGCUUAACUAUAUUCAAGCAUUAUUGGGAUGCUAUUUCAAAUAUUGGAUAUUGUCGUCUGCUACCUACGCGCGUUUGUAGUGUCUGCAUUCCUUUCAAGAUUCCCCUGAUAAAUUGUAAACCCUGCACUUUCCCCCGACAUUCCUUGCCUAUUUAUUCUUUCUUACUAGUUGAAAACAUAUUAUUACACUUCAAAUAUUGAACUGGUGUUGUAUCAUGUAUUUCUAUUCUGUUAUUAAGUUCAACAUUGUAUUUAAAACAGUUCCAGUAUCUUUGGCAUAUUUGAAUGCAUUUUGUUACAAAAACUAUCAAUUCAAGUUGACAUUAUUACUUGAUCUAUUCACAAUGGUAGAGAGGUUGUUAAAUGAAUCUGGUCAUACCUCGGAACUGUUAGUGGUUCGUAGUAAAAUUAUUAUUUCUGUUUAUUGUUCUUUCUUUGUGUUGUUUGGUUACAUGUUUCACAAUUUGUUUUUUGUUAUAUAUUCAUGCUCAGCAAUACUCCGACCAAUUUUAUUUUCCUUAUUUGCUUCCAAACUCCAUUUUUGACCAUACAAUUUGGACCUACUUGCUCUGUUAUUAUUUUUAUGCUUAAAAAGAUUUUAUGCAAAUACGCCAGUAUCUUAUUAUAUAUUAAGAGUUCGUUCAUACUGUGUGAGAUUUGUGUCCUGUGGAAGUUGUUGUUACGCGUGCCAGUUUGACUCGAAUGUUUAGCAAUACUACUAAAAAGUUCAGUGGAUCACUUACUUUGAGGAGGCCUUACUUUCAAUUGCUAUAGUGCACGAGUCUCUCUGGCAGCAUUGGUUCAAUAUUUGAAAUUAUUUUGUUUCAUCUACCUCAUGUACAUUUGUGUAAGAAAAGGUUUCCGAUUGUUUAUUCCUAACCUCAUUAAUGCUACACAGAAAUAACGCUUCAUGGCCAUCCUGUUAGCAAUAAUGAUAUAAGUGAAGAAAAUUUGAAGAAACAUUCGCUUGCGUUAGAAGAAAAAUAGUGAUAUACCUUGAAACAUAUGGUGCAAUAGUCGGUGUGAUGCUUUGCUUUGCAUUUUCUUUCAAGAUUCAACUGUCCAUCCCUUUGUCAGGGUUCUGCAUCUAACAUCUGGCAUUCUAACCAUCCUGUUAUUAACAAGUGUUAAAUGUGUUUAGUGAUAUGUCAUACUUUGCCUUCAACAAAUGCUGGUGCUUUUUACUGCAUUUGUAAAAUUUUACUUUUGUACAUGUUUUAUUUUUUUUUACUCUUUUUCACAAGUUUAACUAGAAUAAUGAACUGUGAGUUCAUGGACAUAUUUUAUUAACUGGGAAAUGGUAAGGUUAGGUUUUAUCUCCCUGCUUGUAGCAUGUUGGUGUUAGCGCCAAUACCUCUUUUUGGCAACUAGUAUAUUGCCUAGUUAACUCUCUGUCGUUAUAAUAAAACAUGUAUUCAUUCA